AGAAAAAUAUACCUUUCUUCAUAUUUAUAGGUCUCUCCCUUGGGUUUGGGGAGUUAAGGCUCAGGAACUGCAGAGAUCCUAGUUUCGACAUUUUUACUCUUCUCCUUGAAAGGCUUCUUAACUCAGGCAAGGCAUGGCUUCUGAAGGACCCAAAUCACUAGCAUUCUUCCUCCUAGUCCUUAAUCUUGUGCUGUAUGGCAUUGUCACUAUUAUAGCUGGAUGGGCUGUCAAUUAUGGGAUCGAAUAUUCACAUCAAACAGCAUCUACUUUGACGAUCCCUGCACAUCUAUUUCCUAUAUACUAUCCGAUUGGUAACAUGGCAACCGGUUUCUUUGUCAUCUUCGCAUUAAUUGCCGGACUUGUGGGUGUUGCAACCUCAAUUUCUGGCAUCGAUGGUAUCCUCCAAUGGACUGUACCAAACUUGCUAUCAGCUGCCACUUAUUCCACCACUACAUGGUUCCUCACCAUUCUGGCUAUGGGGUUAGCAUGCAAAGAGAUUAACAUAGGCCUUACAGAUGCAAAGUUGAGGACUCUGGAAGUAUUAACCAUCAUUGUGAGUGCGACGCAAUUGUUGUGCAUGGGUGUAAUCCAUGUUGGAGUAACAGAUGUUGUGAAUCGACAGAAAUUCAGUGGGGGGCGAGUUUGAGCUGCCAAUGGAACGGCAUUGCCUGAAUCAAUUUACAAACCCAUUCCUUGAACUU